CAAGGGCACGUAACCUUUCAUUUUGGGUAAGCCGACGCAUAUCAAAAUUUGUUUUCUGGUCACUAAAACAAUUAAACUGAUGUUUCCACCCUGGAAUUCAAUGCCACAAUGACUGUAACAUUCAAAGUCAGAGUCGUGCAAAUCUUGGGUUGGACCCCCAUGAUGAUCCCAAGCAUCACCUGCAUUCCAUGCGGUAGCUAUUGGUGCGUUUGGGCGUCACAUGUAACUGGAAAUGUUUCUUCUGUUAGGUUCUAUAGUGACUUUUUUCGUAGUCAUUUGCAUAUUUGUCCCCCGCCUUUCGAAGAAAGCAGGGGACUAUUGAAAUGGGUUCGUCCGUCUGUCUGUCUGUCCGUCUGUCUGUCCGUCACACUUUUUGGGACACAAUAACUCUCUUCCUAAUUGAGCUAGAAUGUUCAAACUUGGUGUAUGUGUUUAUUAGGUCAAUGCCUUGAUGGAGUUCGAAGAUGAGCAUUUUCUGCUUAGGGUAAGCAGAGAUAAGCAAUUUGAUUGGUUGAUGCUUUGGGACACGAUAACUUUCUUCCUAAUUGGGCUAGAAUGUUCAAACUUGGUGUAUGUGUUGAUUAGGUCAAUGCCUUGAUGGAGUUCGAAGAUGAGCAUUUUCCGCUUAGGGUAAGCAGAGAUAAGCAAUUUGAUUGGUUGAUGCUUUGGGACACGAUAACUUUUAAUUGAGCUAGAAUGUUCAAACUUGGUGUAUGUGUUUAUUAGGUCAAUGCCUUGAUGGAGUUCGAAGAUGAGCAUUUUCCGCUUAGGGUAAGCAGAGAUAAGCAAUUUGAUUGGUUGAUACUUUGGGGCACGAUAACUCUCUUCCUAAUUGAGCUAGAAUGUUCAAACUUGGUGUAUGUGUUGAUUAGGUCAAUGCCUUGAUGGAGUUCGAAGAUGAGCAUUUUCCGCUUAGGGUAAGCAGAGAUAAGCAAUUUGAUUGGUUGAUGCUUUGGGACAUGAUAACUUUAGUUCUAAUUAAGUGAGAUUGAUGAAACUUGGUGUAUAGUUUCAUUACAGUAAUACCUUGACUAAGUUUGAUAAUGAGCAUUUUCUGCUCAGGGUAAGCAGAGCGAUACGCAAUUUGAUUGGUCGAGGCUUUGGAAGUAAAGAUAUACUGUUUGAUUGUUCAAUACUUUGUAAAAGAUAAUUUGUGAUAAAUUUAUAUGUGUCCUCUAAUUAUUUUCCUAUUUCGGCGGGGGACAUCAGCCUCACUGUUGGCUUGUUUAGUAUUAUGCCCCCAAAAUCAAAUAUCCCCUACUUUUUUUGAAUAGUAUAUGGACAUUUUAGUUAUUUUAUAAUGUGAUACACACCUGUACCCUGUAAUAGUGUUUGAUAUUAUUGUGUAUCAUAAUACAAAAAGUUCGACAAGAUAAUCGUGUAGCAAUGACACAGUAGCCUGUGUUAUAAUAUGAACUGAAACUGGCAAUGUCUCAGACCCCGUUGUCUGCUCAGAAAGUGUUAUCUGUAGCAGAAGUGAAGCCACCUGUUCAUACUACUAAUCAACAACCACUUACACCUAGAAUUAUUACACAGUCACCAGGAAUUCAUUCUAACAACAGUAUGCCUACUAUUAACGCAAUAGAUGGUUAUGAUCCCUACUUUCAGGAAUACAGUCUUAUGGCUGAAUAUAAUCAGGUACAAAACCAGAAAAUACCUGGUGUUUAUGUGAUGCCAUCAGCAUUAUCACCUUUUGUAUGGAAUGGUUUUAUAUUUGUUAGAGAAGGAUUAUAUCAAGAAGGCGUGUUUCGUUUUACUAUGACCAUUCCAGAUACAUAUCCUGAUAGUGAUUGUCCUCAACUUCUUUUUGAUUUUCCAAUCUUCCAUCCUAUUAUUCAUCCUGUAACAGGAGAUUUAGAUGUAAAAAGAGGAUUUCCCAAGUGGAGACGUAAUGUAAAUCAUUUAUGGCAGAUUUUAAUGUAUGUAAGAAGAAUAUUUUAUAAAAUAGAUACUGCUAAUCCAUGGAAUAAAGAAGCAGCUAAUUUAUAUGAACAAGAUAUGGAUUUAUUUAAAAAGAAAGUUGCAGAAACAGUUCGUGUUUCUCAAGAAAAUGUAAAAAAAAAACCAUCAUCAGAUGAUCCAUAUGCAUUAAAUAUUAGUCCAUUAGAUGAUGAAACAUAUCAAGAAGCUAGGAAACAAAUGUUACAUCUUGGGAGAAGUGCAAGUGAAGAAUCUAAUAGACCCAGUGGUUUGUCAUGGAUGCAUCCAGGUUCAUCACAGAUAUUCUCACGUGAAGAUGCAGCUUCAGCAUAAAGAAUACAAAUGGAAAGAUUGUUAUUUUAUAUCUUGUUAAAUUAUUUAUUUGUCUUUAAUAGAAUACAACAUAUAUAUAAUAUAUAUCGACUUAUUAUCUAUUUACUUUUAAAUAGAAUUGAAUAAGUUGUGUCCAGAUUGUCAAAGAAGAAAUUAAAUUUAAUAAUUGAUAAAUUACUACAUGAUGAAAAUUAUGCUUUUUAUAUGGAAGAAUAUCAAAAUUCUUAGGGUGAUGUACAGAAUCAAGAGGCAAAGUAAAAAAAAAAAUGAGCAUUGAAAUUAGUAAUACUGGUAAUGGAUCACAUUUAACAUAUGAUUUCAAAUUAUUUUAGGAUAUGGUUGUAACAGAAAUAUUUGUUUUAUAUAUUAUCUAUAACUGGGUUAUGGUGUAUAAGAUUUUGAUACUAUAUACAUGAUACUGAUCAUAAUACUCAUAUCUUCAUUUUAGGUGUCUCAAAUCAUUCAUAAUUUAUCAUGUGGAAAGCGAGAAUUUCGCUUACAUGUACUUUUUUUUUUCAAUAAUAAGUUAACCUGUGAGUACUGUUUGUUAAUAUUUGCUUAAGGAAAUGUGUAUGCAACUAAUUUUCAUAAUUAGCUCAUAAUUUGAUUGAACUCUUGCCAUCAUGGUGUCUCAUAUUAUUAGUGAAAAUCUACAAAAUUAAUUUCUAAAAUAUACUAAGACACAAUGAUUAUAGGCUGGACAUUAACCGACACAAGAAAAUCUAUAAUCCAUGGAGGCCAUAACAACUUUACUUUGCAUUGAAACUUAGGCAUACCGGUAUUGCCCCAUAUAUUCUCAAAUGGCCAUUAGAGCACUGCCACAGUGUUUUGGUUCAAGAAGUCUAUGGAAACGUGCUGUAUAUACUCAAACAUUGAAUCAGAAUUGGUCAUGCCCUCUUGAAUAAACUCAAUGGCACAUCCUCAGUGUCAACCGUGGCAUAUCGUUGCGUCUUCCACAGAACUGUAGGAAUUGUAUUGACCCGAGCAUUUUAAAACCAUAUUUCCUGUCCCAUGCAUGCAAUAUGAUAUUGUGGUUUUCAAAAUUCUGAUAUUGUUAAAUUCCAUUUUUUGUAUUUAAGAGAAUUGAUAGAUUUACACGAUCGUGGUCUGUGGUUACAUUCAGAAUUGCAAGAUUAAAGUGUUGCUUUCCAAUGAGAUUUACAAUUAUUCAUUUAUUAAAGUGGUUCAUUUUCAUCGUGUCUAUGUAUAAAUUAUUUGCUAAGAGCAGACUGCUCUAUACCCUUUGUCGUCUUGGACAAUAAUAUAUUCUUUGAUAACUUGUUUUGAAAUGUUCAACAUGUAUCAUCUGUCUCCAACAUUGUUUAUAUGUCUACCUGUUAAUUACCUCCUUCAUUUAUAAGUCCUAAAUUAGGUCAGAUGUCUUCUUUGUGCAAUAUAACACAAUGGAACAAGUUUUAUAUUUGUAUAAAUUGAUCAUCCGAUAUGUGUUCAAUCAUUCAAUUCAUUGAUGUGUAAAUUGCUAAAUCUUCAACUUUGCCACUGCAUAUAUAUUUGCAAAAGUUUUAAAAUUUAUACAUUCAUGCAUAGGUUACAAUUUUUACAUUAUGUUAAGAAUUUAAAUUAUGUAUAUACUAUAUACAAUAAUUAUACCCUAAGCAGAAAUGUUCUUGACCAAAAUGAAAAUACAUGUAGCUUAAAAGAUAUAUGUAAUAUAAGCUUUAAAGCUGUUGAUAUGCUUCAAAUUUUUGAUUAUUAGAUAUUCUUUUAGUUUUUGUUGUUUUUGUUAUUUCUUUUUACCAAUAUAUAGAAAUAUUGAUUUUCAAUAGCUUGGGGUUUUCUGUUCAGGUUAGUGCUUAAUAAUUGUCUGAAAAGAAUGAUUGUGUCCAUCCUCAUUGUGUGGCAUCCUUUUAUAUAUUUAUUGUGCCUUUAAUUGAUAUACAAAUAUUAUUAUAAAACUUUGUACUUUACCUAUAUAAUAAUGUAUAUAAAACAUGUUAAGUCUUCAAUAUUGACUCUUAUAGUAAUUUAAAUAAACUUUUGUAGAAUAUGA